GAGGAUGGAAGGGCAACCAAUAGACCGGCAAGAUAGAGCCGGACCAGUCUUCGCUAUAUUAUCGCACAAGACACUGCUGUGUUUUGACAACGAGGAACCAUGGAUUUCGUUAAGAUAUGGGUUAUUGUGGUUUUUUUAACCUGCUGCGGACGUUCCGGCAAUGCGGACAACGUCAAUGUACCCGAAGAUAAUCAUACCGUCAGAUCAAGAUCCAAAAAGUCAACAGAGAUUUACUUGGCGCUUCCGCCGGACACGGAAAAGUCGGGCAAACAAAACGCACCGCCCACGCUGAUCCGCUUGGACCCCAGCAUGCCCAACAAGUUCAAAGGCAAGUUCCCCACGCCCAUCGAGCGCUUCAUACAGCGAAUCCAAAAUUACUUUUCCGUUUACAACCCGCCGGAAUAUUUGAACGAACUGUCCAGGCCCGGCAUCAACAACCCGGACAACGACGGCGACGACGCGUUUGUCGACGACUCCAACAACACCCACGUCGUCUUGCCUUGCAACGGUACCAGCACGAUAGUCAUUAUACCGGUGCCGCUGGAGAGCGAAAACUUCGCCUUCGAACAAAAGCCCGUGUCGGCCAACGUUAACCGACUCGACAACGAUAACGACAACAAACCGGCAUCGUACGAACAACCGCCUUCCACACCGUUACAGGGUUAUCCCGAAUCGUCCACUCCGAAAUCGCCUUGUCCCGACGCAAUCACUACCACGGCGAAACCGAAAUGCCAAGAAGCCACAACCACAACCACGGCGAAACCCAAAUGCCCAGAAGUUACAACUACAACCACGGCGAAACCCAAAUGCCAAGAAGCUACAACUACAACCACCACCACUGCAAAACCGCCUUGCUCCAACAGUCUGGUCGCCGAACCUUUAGGAUCCACGGUGGUUUACUUCUAUAAGAAAGUCUCGCCGUCCACGCCGGCCCCGACUUACUUACCGCCAAACCCACCGACUCCGGCGUACUACGUGGCCAACACCGGAUCGCCUUACGACGGAUACCAGCACAAGCCCAAACAGCUGCCACCCAUCCUCCGGCUCAAGCAGAUCCUCUUCCCUAGGUUGUACGCUGCGUUUCACUCGGACGAAUGAACCAAAGCCAUCCGCACAUAUACCUAGGUAUUUAUGGUUAUAUAAUUAACCAUAUAUUACGCAUACCUGGGCAUAUAAAUUUAAGUUUAAACGGAAAUUAUUUUCAAUCACCGUGUAACAAUGCAUAAUAUUUGUCCCUGGGUUCUUCUAAGUGUACGUUUCCCACCGAUGUAUUCACAGGGUGUACCAGAAAAAAAAUAUUGCACUCUACGGGAUGGUAGGUACUAUAUAUGUCAACAACUUAGGGUUUUCCGGGUUAAUAUCUUGUAUAAUAUCUAUCAAAAAUAAAAAUAAACCAUAUCAUGGAAUUUCCCGAAAAAUGUUCAUGGUAAGUUUUAUUCUUUAGUUUUGAUAGAUAUUGGCAUGGAUAUGUCUUAUAAAUGGAGGUCAUUCUGAAAAUUUGUCCGACAUGUUAAGUGUCACAGUGCUGAUGUCAUAAUGGAUUAUGGAGGAGUAUUAAGGAAUUAUAGAGGAGUAUGGAGGUGAAUUAAUAGAGAUAGAAGAUUAGAGAUAAGAUAUUAGAGAUACUAGAUUGCAAGACACAUCCAUGUAUUGAUGAGUCCGCAUGAAGUGUGAAUACUUUAACUUUUAUACAAAUAAACCCUUAGGAAAAUCCUAAGUUGUCGGCAUAAAAUAAAAAUUCCAAAAAAUCUAUUCUUAUGAUCCCCUAUGUAGUACCACUCUUAGAGUGCUAAAUUUAUUUUGAGUACACCCUGUAAAUAAUAUAUUAAGUUAUAUAUAAAUAAUGGGGGUUAUUAUUAUUUUUUUUUUUAAAUUAAAGUCGAAGCCCCCCAAAAAGGCUUUAAAUUGUGAACAAAUAUUCCUCUAAAUGAUUUGAAAUUUUAUCUUUCUCUCCUUGUCCUCCUAUUACAACGAGAAGACUUUACCUAACUAGUCUUGGCCUUCAGUAAGACUACGAUUAGUAAAACACGAUAAACCAAGAACCUACAGUUUAGCGAAAAAUGGGAACACGGCACAUCUAGUUGUGAUGACCACAUCUUAACUUAAAGCACACAUAAAUUCACAGACUUGCUUUAGUCUUUUUAUAAAUGUUUAAUCGUUAUGGAAAAAAUAAAAAUAAACUCUAGAAUAAAUUAAAUAAGUUGAUUUUAAAAUUAAAUUUUAACAUUUAGCUAUAGAUUUCAAACGAAUAAUAUUUUGAAUGAUAGUUGAGAUAAGGUUGUCAAUCCGCUCCAAAGAUAUGUUAUACCAACGGUGGCCAAGUCUAUGUAAAAGCUUCUUAUUAAAAUAGGGGGGAAAAGUGAAUAAGAUAAAAUUCCAAACACAUUUAGAGGAAUAUUUUUUCAUAAUUUUAAGCCUUUUUAUGCCCAUGCAGCAAAAAUAUAUUAUACAAUUAUAACACUUUUUAAUAAUUGUUGCAAUAUUGCAAAACAUUUUUAAAAUGAUAAUUCUGCAAGAGAUAAAAAACAUAUUUUUAAAAUAUUUCCCUUCUACUGCAAGACAAUUUUAUUACUUCAGAAUUAUUAUUGAAACAUUAAUGUGCUUUUAAUUAGUUGAUUUCCUGCCAAAAUAUGAUUAAGAAAUACAUUUACAACACUAAAUAUAUUUGUUCUAAUAGUGUUAGGUAAACAAUUUUAAAAUAUAUUUUUGCUGUGUGGAAUAUUUACCUACUUGAACUUUGCUUUUGAAUUUGGGGUGGUGAUGAUAGCUUUAAUAUUUACUUAAAAUACUAGGACACCUCAUCAACUUUGAAUCUCAUAAUAAACAAUUGAAAUAUAAAAAUUAUACCAAAUGUUGACAUAAUUAUCAAUAUAUUAUUACUUAUCCUAAGUUUAAAGUAGUAUUUAAAAAAAAAAGUUCGAACCGAUCCUCAAAUAGAGUCUGCUAAUAUUAUAUUUUCAAGUUCUUAAAACGAUUGGAAGAGCGGGUAUUUAAAAAUAUUAAAAUACUGGCAUUGUUUUAUUAAAAAAAAAGUUUUAUUUUUAACUUUUUGUUAAUUUAAUUUUUACUAGCUUUAAAAUUAAACCUUUUCAUUUUACAAUUGGUAAUAACCAAAAAGCGUGACAAAAUAUACUAUUUGUUACUUCAAGCAUUUAAUUUUGUAUUUUUGACUAAUACCAUAAGAGACAAGAACCACAGAAAUAUAACGACUCUUCUAUCACUUUGGAGAAAUUCCCAAACAGUUCAUAAUUUUAUAAUUAUUAUCACCCUGAAAUAAAAGAGUUUAAAGCCGGGAAAUUGUAGUUUGAAAAAAAAUUGUUAUAUGACAAAUUGUCAACAAUAAGUCACAUAUUAAUAAUAUAAUUGAGGUUCACUGUCAUAGAUCAGACUUUUGACAGAACAUAAUUUAUUUUAGAACAGUUAAAAUCGAUUUCUGCUAAAAUUAUACCAUCUUUUUACAUUUUUUUUUUUUUAUUGAAAAUUUAGCACCGAAAAAACCCAAGACCAUUAACCGUGUUACACGUGUGUAUUAAUUAUUUAUUGACUAAUUUAUUUAUUUAUUUAUUUAUUUAACGAUUCGUGUAGUUUUCUUAUUGUAUUUAAUUGAUAGUAUUGUAAUAUUGUGUACUCAAACAGCUGUACGCGGUAAGUUUCACUAAUAAAUCUCAAAAAACGUGACGAUUUCACUUGUGCCGUUUUGUAAAAAAAAAAAAAACAUACUUACUUUUAUUUUUGAAAAAUCCGACGAGUUUAACCUGUGGGUACAUAGUAUGAUGUACCCACAGGUUAAAUUCGACGCCUCCGGUAAGACCAAAAGUUAUUUUACAAGUUCCUGAUAAAAAAAAAAUAAUAUACUUACAAAAACAACAACAUAUACCACUCGCCGAGAUCUUCUGCCAUUUGCA